AUGUCCAAGCGAAAAGCAGUACUGAGCCAUGUGCCUCAGGAAUCUAUACUGGCGCCAAUACUAUUUCAUAUCUUCAUCAGCGACACGGGCAGUGGGAUUGAGUGCACCCUCAGCAAGUUGGCAGGUGACCCCAAGCUGAGUGGUGUGGUCGAUUCACUAGAGGGAAAGGAUGCCAUCCAGAGGGACCUUGGCAUGUCGAAGCAAUCCCACCUGGACUACUGCAUCCAGCCUCAGGGUCUCCAGUACAAGGAAGACAUGGAUCUGUUGGAGCGAGUCCAGAGACAUUAUGUGAAGAAUAAAGUUAGUGAGACAAAUGAGGAGUUAAGGAAGAAAGGCAAAAAUGGAGUUCUGUGGAAACCUACUCAUGACCAAAGCAGCUUGGCAAAGGUGUUGGAAAGCAGCGUGGCAGAAAAGGCCCUGGGGGUCCUGGUGGACACCAAGUCCACCAGGAGACAGCAAGCUGGGCACUGCCCUGAGCCCCACCAGCGUGUCCCAGGCGAGACCUCUCCUGGCCUCGGCGGGAUGGGCCAGGUGAACUGCUGCCGCGGCCCCAGGGACGACCCUGACCCCGUGCAGCAGUGCACGCCUGUCCCAGCAUCACCCCAGCCGCUGCUCCGCCAGCGCGUGCGGCUGAGCCAGGGCCGUGCGACGAGGAAGAGGGACCUCCUCCUCUUCGGCGACGCCUUGGUCAUCGCCAAGCCCAAACGGGGCAGCGCCCCGCGCCCGCAGCUCUGCCUGGCCCUGGGCCAGCUGCAGGUGCUGAGCAGCAGGAAGGGGGCAGCCGGGGAUGCCGCCCAGGAGGAGGAGGAGGGCCGGCACACCAACUCCCUCGUCCUCGUCUGGCCCUGCGGCUUCUGCACCGUCACUUUCCCCUCCCGGGCGCUGAAGGAGCUCUGGCUCAGCGCGCUCCUUGGGCCACCAGAAGGAGUGGAAGGAGCCCGGCUGACCCAGCUGCCCUCCAUCAAGCUCCUGCUGCAGGAGCUGAGCGGCCGCAAUGCCGCCACGACGCUGCACGCCAGCAGCCUGCAGAGGCUGGUCCAGGGCCAGGCACAGCGGCGGGGGGACAGCGCCCAGAGGCCCCGGGAGCGCUCGCCCGGCGCUUCUCCUCCUCCACGGCUCUUUGCUCUCUUGUCCUUGGCAGCAGGCGGGACCCGCAGGAGGAGGAGGGGGCUGCCCUGGCCCUUCGCACGGCGGCGAGGCAGCUCGGCCGCUGCAGAGGCAGCCGGGCAGUCGGGCUCUGGCGGCAGGGGGGCUCUCUUCGGCCAGCCCCUGGCAGCUCUCUGCAGCCAGGACGGCACGCUGCCCCAGCCCAUCCAGGACCUGCUGGCUCUCCUGGCCGAGCACGGGCCAUCCACGGAGGGGAUCUUCCGGCUGGCGGUCAAGGAGCACGUCUCCCGGGAGCUGAGGGAGGCCCUCGACAGCGGAGCAGAGGUCCACCUUGAAAGCCAGCCUGUGCACGUGCUGGCCGUCCUCCUGAAGGACUUCCUGCGGAAGAUCCCCUCUAAGCUCCUCGGGGCAGAGCUGUACGAGGAGUGGAUGAGCGCCCUGCAGAAGACCAGCAGGCAGGAGAAGCUGGCAGCACUCAGGGAGGUGGCCGGCAAAUUGCCCCAGGCCAACCUCCUGCUCCUCAAGAGCUUGCUGUCCCUGCUGCAAAGGAUCAGCAGAAACGCGGCCAGCAGCAGGAUGACUGCCGGCAACCUGGCCAUCUGCGUGGGGCCGAACCUGCUCAGCCCACCCGAGGAGCAGACGCUGCCCCUGGACGCCCUGGUGCAGGUGACGGGGCAGGUGCCUCCAGUCGCUGCAGAAAGCCAACACCUGAAGAGCUCCUCUGGGGAGAGAAGGUAAAAUGAGCUCGCUUUGAUUAAGAGCAGGAGUGGUUCAAGUUUGUCACAGCUUUCCCUGUCUAACCAUACUAUUGAAUGGAAAGCUUGCCAGGCCCUUCACAAGAAAGCAGAAAGCGAAAACUGACCUGUGAAGAGGGGAGCGACGGGCACCCGGGCAGGAAGAGGAGAAGGCUGGAGAGGGAGCUCUCGGGGAUGGGCGACUGAGACGAAAUCCAAGCAGGGCGAGAAGAACGAGGAGGCCAGGUGCCGAUGUGGUUUUGCUGCUUGGAUUCCCCGGAUGAGCUGCGACGCCUGGGCUUGGAGGGGCACGAUGCAGCCCCAGCACCCCCUCGGCGGAGGCGAGGAGAGAGGCACCCAUGCCCUUCUGCUCUGGCCGGCAGAUUUCCCUCGUGCUCCGCUCAGCCGGAGAGCCCCGCACCGCCGUCAGACCCCCCCAGCCUGCGCAGGAGGCCUUGCUGGCUCCCUCAUCAGCUCCCUCAACAAAAGCCCACCGGCUGGCACGUCUCCCCCGGUGGGGAGCUGGCCUGUGACCUUCAGAUUCGAGGGAGGGUGUUGUGGGUGGCGGUGUCU